AUGCUGUCGUCGCGCCGCCUCUCGUUGAUCCGCAUGCAGAUUUCCCACCCCCCUCUCCCGCGCGGGGCAGCGGGGGAGUGGCAGGGCGUGCGGGGGGCAGUGUUCGCCCUACUGGAGGGCGCGCUGGGGGAGUCUGAUGCCGCACUGGUAGACGCAGCAUGUGACCCCGCUGUGUUCGUGCCGCUGCUGCGGCUGCUGUGGGACUCGGCCAACAGGGAGUUCGCCCUGAGAGUGCUCAUCCUGCUCAUGCAUGCGCCCCUGCUCGACCCCUCCGCGGGACAGCCUCUCCUGGAGUGCUUCUUCGACCUCAUCUCCCAUGCUGCCUCUUUCACUGCUACUGGCAGUGCAGUGGCGGUGACAGGCGAGGGUGGGGAGGAAGGGGGGAGCAGAGACGCGGUUGGAGUGAGGCAGCAAGGUGGGGCUGGAGGGGAGGAUGAGGAGGAGGAGGGGGAGAAGGGGGAGACUGGAGGGGAUGGUGAAGAUGUGGUGGAUACGAAAGGAGAAGGUGCAGCUGUGGAUGGGCAGGGAGAGGGGGAAGAGCAAGGGGAGGAGACGGGGAGGAGGGGCGGUGCAGAGGAGGGCGCAGUGGCAGCAGGGGAGGUGGCUGGCGGUGCAGCAGCGGUGGCAGGGCGGGGAGGAGGCGAGGGGGGAGCGGUGGAGGGGCGGGGGGGGAGGGUGAGCGCGAGGGCAGUGAUGCUGGUGGACGACCUGCUGUCCUGCACCACCUACAUCGUUUCCGACCCGCCCAACGCUGCAUUACAGCAGCGGUGUGUGGAGGCGGGGGCGAUGCAGCACGUGCUGGCAGUGCUGGAUGCGCGCUACUCGCCCGCCCACGCGCUCAUCAUCACGCUCGCCGCCCUGCGCUGCCUCACCUGCCUGCUCGCCGCCAACCAGGCCGCCAAGGCAGCCAUGGUGCGGGUGGCAGGGGCGGGGUCCACGGGGCUGCAGAGGAGGAUAGAGGCGCUCACAGGGGGCAGGGCGGGGCAGGAGGUGCUGGAUGCCGUGCUGUGCCUCGCCACUGACGGUGCCUACACUGCCUCCGCCCUCAACACACGAGCCACCAUCCAGCACCUGUCCAACAUCUUCCUCGACCGCCCAUGCCUGUGUGCCUGCCUGCAGGACGGAGACGCGCUCAUCCUCUGGCUCUCACUGCUGCGCACGCGUCGUGUGCGGAGUGCACGCGCGCGUCCCUCAUGUGGCACCUCCUGCACUGCCUCUCCACCCUCGACUCCCCCCCCCCUCGCCCCGCCCCGAUCAACCGCCGCCGCUCACACUGCCACUGCCAUUGGCGCGUGGGGUGACGGCGGGGAGCAGCAGGAGGCGACAGGGGCGGGGAGAGGGGAGGGAGGGGGCAGGGAGGGGGUGGUGGCGGCGGUGGCGCUGCUGGUGGAGACGAUGGGGCGGCACAGCAUGAGUGGCAAGGAGAUCACGGCUGUGUUCCACCUGCUGCGCCAGGCGGGGGCGGGCAGCCGAGCGCGGCAUGCAUCGCUGCUGCUGCGCACGCUGCUGGGCGCCAUCAAGGACGAGGGGCCCUCUGGCUUCUUUGAACUCAAUGGCGUCGACUCCGUGAGCGCUCCUUGCUAUCCUCGUUCUGGCUCAUCCCGUGCCCUCCACUGCGUGAUGCACCAUGGGUCGUCAACUCCUUCACUGCCCGCCCUUCACACACUCUACGUCUCUCACCAUGCCAAACUCCCUUUCCUCCCCCCCCCUUCCCCCUUCCACCAGGGUUUCAAGCUGCCCUCGGACCUGCGUUUCCCCGGCCCAAGGGGCUACACGGUGGUGUGUUGGCUGCGCAUAGAGGCCUUCCCCAUGCCGCCCGCCUCCGCCUUCCCCGGCUCGCCCCCCGCCAACCCCUGGGCGUUCGACGCUGAGGGGCGUCUGGAGGACGCGGAGGGGGGGGCGCGGGGGGGCGGGGAGGCGAGCAGGGAGGGCGCCAUGGCGCUGUUCAGCUUCCUCACGGACCUGGGCGUGGGGUGCAGCGCCUUCCUCACCCCCGAUGACGUGGGCGGGGCAGCAGCGCGGGAGGCGGUGGUGGGGUUACCACACGAGCUGCGCCUCAAGUGCUGGCACCACGUGGCCAUCACCCACGCCGCGCCCACCUUCGCUGCCCCCAGCACCGUUCGCCUCUUCGUUGAUGGCCGCCUCGUCGCCUCCUCCCGCGCCAGUUUCCCCCGCAUCUACGACCCGCUAACGCGCUGCACCAUAGCAUCAUGGGCGCCACUCCCCCAGGCAGCUCCCCACGCGCGCACGCCACUAGACGACGAUGACGACCCGGCGUCCCUCUCCAUGGCGCCGCCUCUCUGCGGCCAGCUGGGCGCCCUGCACGUGCUCGACGACCCACUCUCCCCCGACCAGGUCGCCGCUCUGCACCGCUUGGGACAGCGCCACGCGCACUCCUUCCUCCCGUGCGAGCUCUCCCUCCUGCCCGGCUCCGCUGACCCCCCCGUGCGCGCUCUCUUCGACGGAAAGGACUGCCUGGCUCCGCGCCUCACCGUCAGCCUCACGGCUCACGCCACGGCGGGGGGAGUGGUGCUGGAUGCGACGCCCUUCUGGGAGCAGCAGGGCGGGAGUGGCGGUGCGCGGCGCGUGUGCGACGCGGUGAUGCUGCCUGGCGUGCAGGUGUGCCAGCGGCACCGGCUGCAGGACGUGCUGUCGUGUGUGGGGGGCGUGGCCGUGCUCUUCCCCCUCCUCACCCAGCUCGACAGCGACGACGACACCAGUGCUGGCUCAGAGGGCGAGGGCGAGGAGGAGGGGCGGUGGGAGGCGGGGGGGACGCACGUGGCGGUGGAUGUGGUGUGUCUGCUGACAGAGGUGCUGGCGGGCAGUGCAGCGGCGGGGCAGUUCAUGGUGGGCGUGGGGGGCUUCUCUGUGCUCAGCUUCCUGCUGCAACACGUGCACCCCCGCCACCUCACCGUCAGCCUCGUCCUCUCCAUUGAAAGCCUCACUAACAGCAUUGCUGCCGAGCAGGACGGCUUGAUGGCGGAGCAGCUAACUCGGUCAGCAUGGAGUGAGCUGUACCUGGAGCUGUCCCUCUGGAUCUACGCGCCCUACACCGUGCAGCGCGAGCUCCUCGAGUCCCUGCUGCGCCAGGUGGACCGCAGCCCUGCACUGCUGCCCGCCGUGUGCCCGCUGCCGCGCCUGCUGGACCUGCUGCGCCGCUUCUACUGGCACGUGCCGCACGGCCGCUCCGUUGCUGGGCUCAAGCCCCUCGUGCACGCCACGUCGCGUGUUGUGAUUGGCCGGCGCCCCGACAAUGCUGACGUGGCGAAGCUGAGGCUGCUGCUGCUGAGGCUGGCGGAGUACAGUGUGAGGGAUGGUUUCUCACUGGCUGAUGUGAGGGCGCUAACGGCCUUCCUGGAGGGCAGCAAGGACGCCCCCAGUGUGCGCGACGUGCUGCUCGCGCUGCUCUCACUGCUCUCGCGCCCGCCUCUGCUCGCCUCCUUCACCUCACACGUCUACUCCCUCACCGGCUGCCACCUCUUCCUCAACCUCCUCGCCAGGCCAGAGGAGGAUCUGCAGUCGUUGGGCCUGCGUCUCAUCACGGCACUGCAGGCAGAGCGCCGCCUGCGCCUCAUCCGCGCCUUCUCCUCCUCCCCCGCGCCCUCCCCCUUGCUCUCCGCCACCCCCGCGCCCAUCCCUGACGACCUAGUAGCAGCUGCCCUGCUGCACACGCCCUCGCCCUCCCCCUCCUCCUCUGCUCUCUCAGGGGGCGCGCUGCCGUCGCCAGGGCAUGGGGGGGGAGGGGAGCGGGUGAGGGAGGACGUGGAGCAGGCGGAGGCGAUGGUGGGCGUGGCGCUGCAGCUGAUGGUGCAGCGCGCGUGCCGUGUCACGCCCCUCAUGCCCUCCAUCCUCUUCGACCUCCUCCUCGCCCGCCCCCUCCCCAAACCCGUGCUCUUGCUCCUUGCAGGUGCCCUCCCGGCCAUACCCUCCAUUACCUCUUACAUCCACAUCUUCCCCUUCCCUCCCCCACUCCUCACCCAGAUGCCUCACCGCACGAGCACAGUGUUCGCCCACCACGCCCCCCUCAGCCCCCUGCACGCCUCCCCCUCCAUGCCUCCCUGUGUUUAG